AUGAACAUCACUCGUAUCAAUAAUCCGGCCAGUUUUACUACCAAUGAUAAUCUCACUGGCUAUUAUCACUCAGCUAAUAAUAAUUCUAUUGAUCAAAAUACUCAUUAUCAAGUCUCUAAAUCAACUGAUUCUCAUGGCAGUUCAGCUUCAAAAUAUUGUUAA